UUGCUUAUUUGAGACUGAAAAAGGAAGCAAGGAAAUUAUCAGUGAACGUUAACAUGCAUGCAGUUUGAACGGCUGUUUAAUAUCCAUUUUGCUUUUCUACCUCUUACCACCGCUACAUUCGUUAGGUUCUUCCCCUCCUUUAUCGAUACCAUCCUUCAUGUAUUCUUCACUCUUUUUCUCGUUCUUUCUCGCAAUCUUCUCGGUUGUUGGAGUCGGUGCAUCAGAGACACAUACCAUAAAGUUUAUCAACCAAUGUGGUCACGGAACCCCGUGCUUGGUUGUGAAUGGCCAAAAUGUAUCUACAGGACAGGACUACACCGUCCAAAAUACGUUUUCCGGAAUCGCAUACUUGCAGACUGGGCAGUGUAAUGUUAACGGCGAGGAGUGCACCUUGCUCGAGAUGAAUUUGAUCAACCCGACCUGUGCCGGAUGUGGCUCCAGCAGCGAUAUCUCGCUCAUAUCACCUCAUGUUUUCAACGUCGAGGCCUCUUUUGCGUAUUACAACGGAUGCGACGGAUUUGGGGCCGAUUGCAACACCCCCAACUGCGCUUCGGCUUUCUAUGCCCCAGAAGACUGGUACGCCCAACGCGCAUGUCAAGCGAACGAUGUGAACCUCCUCAUUGCGUUUUGUGCGAAUGCAUCUGAGAUUGUACUGGGCGGAAGUCUUCCUUCUCCCACCUCUUCGAGCUCUGUCGCCAUAAGCACAUCUUUGCCGUCAACCACUGCGACUUCAUCAGAGACAACUCCAUCGGGCACUACAAUGUCGAGUGUUUCACCCACCCCGCCCACCAAUGUCGGCGUGGUAUCAUCCCCCGUUAGUAACAGUAGCCCAUCGUCCAGCGCGAAAAAAUGCCAGACACGGCCCAGCAGCACCGGCACUCUAGCAAAGCGCAGACCCACGGGACUCGUGAUGAACAAGCACCGCGAGCACGCUCGGUCCUUCUGAGGACGCGCUCUACUCCUCGUUUACUUUUAACAGUUAUUGAUUAACUGCUGGGAUUGCUGUUUUUGUUAUGGUUUCAGAGUGCUUCGAUAUCGCCUGAUGUUCUUGUAUACCCUUCCUCGCAUUCACGCAUGCGUGAAUGCCUUCGAUCGGGUGGAUGCCCAGGUGGCGUUCUAGAUGUUGCUUUACCCUCGGUCAUGUAGCCGGUCUUAGCUUUCCCGGUACCGCUAUAGAUAUAUUGUUGUGCUCACCUCGCCUCCCUUCUGUUUUCUUGUUAACCUGUUACAAAGUCGUCCUAGCACUACUUGAUGUAGUCUCUAGAUUUAUGAUACU